AUGGAAGCUAUUAAAGAAGUGUGGGUCUCUUGUGAUCCAAUUAUUCCAUUGGAAAGAGUUAAAAUACCUUCACCUUGUGUUACCCCUGAAAAGAAUGGAUCUUGUGAUUCUUCGGACUCUGGUGAUAAUGAAAAGUGUUCUAGUGGCCGGCGAAAAGUCAGAGAAGAGGAAAGGAUCAGAAGAGAAGAGGAGAAGAGGAAACGGUUAGAGGGAAGAGGAGCGAAAAAACGUGAAGAAGAAAAGAAAAAGAAAGAAGAGGAGAAAGAGGAAGAGAAAAAACGUCGAGAAGAAGAACGUAAAAAACGAGAGGAAGAGAAAAAGAAAAAAGAAGAAGAAAAAGAAGAGGAGAAAAAACGCCGAGAAGAGGAACGUAAGAAACGAGAAGAGGAAAAAGAAGAAGAGAGAAAACGUAAAGAAGAAGAAAAACGCCAGAAAGAGGAAGAAAGAAAAAAGAAAGAGGCUGAAAAAGAGGAAGAAAAACGUAAAAGAGAGGAAGAAAGGAAAAAGAAAGAAGAAGAACGACUCAAAGCCCUAGAAGAGAAAAAGAAACAAGUUGAAGCUGAAGAGCGUAAGAAAGCCCGAGUGUCACAGAGUUUCAUCAGUUUCUUUAAACGAACGUCAACCGGAUCGGAAAGUGCCACCAAAAAACCUCGAAUCGAACCCGAAACAGCGACAGCAAAUUCCAUCUUCAAACCAUUCCAAUUAAAACCCUUCCAAACAUUAGCUGUUUACGUGCCAUCAUUUUCUAAACAGCGUUUUGAUUGUGACCAAUUUGAAGACUUAGUUACUUCUCAAAGUUCAAAUGCUCAAGAUUGUUACAUAAAUCAACUUAAAUCUGGUAAAAUUAAUCCUAUUAAGUUGAGUAAAGAUGAUUUAGAACAAAUUAAAGAGGAAAAUUCAUCCGCUCUUAUAAUCGAAGAACCAACACCAAAGAAAACAUACAAGGCCAAAUUCUUUGAUCUUUCCGAUAUUCGACCAGCUUAUUAUGGUACAUGGAGAAAACGAAGUAAAAUCAUAAACGGGCGAAAACCAUGGGCAAGAGAUAGCCAAUUUUUCGAUUAUGAUGUUGACAGUGAAGAAGAAUGGGACGGUGAAGAUGAAGAAGGUGAAUCAAUUGCUUCUUCCGGUUCAGAUUCUUCUCGAAAUGGUGUCGAUGAUUUCGAAAUGGAUGAUUUUCUAGUUCCACAUGGUCAUCUUUCCGGUGACGAAGAAGCAAGUGAAGGUGAAGAAGAAGACGAAGACGAAGCCCCAAAGAAACAUAUCACCCUAAUAAAAGAAGAAGAUCUACUCAAAGCUCGAAGUAAAAAAGUGUCCAAAUUAAAACCAAUCGUCAUCGGACCUUAUUGGACAACCGAUGACCACAAAGAUGCAGAUAUUUGUAAACUUUUGGAACCUUUCAGAAUCAUCCAAAACUAUUGAUUCUUAGAUAUUUAAAUAAUUUCAUUUUUCUUUUAAACCAACAAACGAAAAAAUCAACCUCCUACUCUUAAUAGCCAAUGUAAUAUUCAUUCACACAAUUUACUUAUUUAUAUACAUAAUAUUAAGCUAACAAACUUUUUCUCCCAUUUAAAAAACAAAAUUAACUUUAAUCUUGUCCAAGAACAAAAAUCAAAACCAAAAUCAUUGUUAUGCUUUUCAAAUUGGUUUAGUUUUCCAUUUAUAACCAUUGUCACCAAUUAUUUUGAAGGUUAAAACGAUGUACAAGAUAUGAGAAAGUUAUAUUGUCCAUUAAAUCAAUUUAUAUUUA